UCGUGGAAGGAAGUAAAAUAAAAUUUUCAGGAAAACGAGAGUAAAAAUCAGGUUUAUUGAUUAACCCUUUUGUAGACAGUCUUGAUGAUAGAAAAGUUGGUGUCUUGGAAUAGUUUGCAUAUAUUAGCGAAGGACAGCCAGAAAUGGCAGUGUCAGGGCGCAAGUUGUCAGAUUUUCAAGGCUCAGUAUCUUUAGGAUCAGCAGAGGACUUUGAUCACAGUUGCCAGCCUUGUCUUACCAUUGGUCAGCAUGUAGGAGCUCACGGUUUUUGUGUGGAAUGCCAGGAAUAUCUAUGCAAAACUUGCUUUGAGUGUCACAAGAGGACAAAAGCCUCACGAAAUCACCAACUUCUUGAUAAAGACAACGUUGGUAAACAUGCCAUUUCCAGUAAAGAUUCUGAGGAAUGCACAGAAAAAUGUUUAGUGCAUAAAAAGGAAAUAAUCAAAUUUUUCUGUCCAACACACAAGGCUCUUGGCUGCAAUGACUGCAUCAUCUUGGAUCAUCGGACAUGUAAGAUUGAUUACAUACCCGAUAAAUGUGCAGAUAUAGGGGACAGUGAGGAAUACAGGGAUAUCAUGAAGAAACUUAGCGAGAAAAUGAAAGAUGCCGAGGAUAUAAUGAAGAAAGCUGAAGUAAGAGAUAAAGAAAUAGAUAAUUGCCAUGCUGGUAUUAUCAAGGAAAUCCUCAACUUCAGGAAGGAAAUAAAUGAACGCCUAGAUCAAUUGCAACAAAAAAUUCAGAAAGAUGCUGACAAAAAGAAAUCCAACGAUAAAAUAAUAAUUAAGAUGGUACUUGAUGAAUGUGCCAAUAUCUCUUCUGAUAUCAAGAAAUUACAGUCAAGUUUACAGGCUGACAAGUCGUCACGUCAGAACGGGCAACUUUACAUCAACAUUAAACGUGCUGAGUCUAAACUGAAGUCAGAUGAAGUGCAGAAGGCAGGUGAAAAUCUAGCGAAGACAAACAUACAGUACUCAUUUGAACGGAAUACUGAUCUUGAAAAUAUGCUAUCCAAACAAAGUGUAUUUGGGAAGUUAAACCCCUGUACUAGCUUCGUCACGUCGACAAAGAAGAAACAAAUUAAAACCCUAACGCGCAAAGAACAUAUAAAGGUAAAAACAAAGUCAGAUUAUAGCUGCAUAAUCACAGGAUGUGCCAUUUUACCUUCUAACAAACUCGUACUGGCUGAUAACACAAAUUGCAAGCUGAAAGUUGUAGACAGACAGAGUAAAGCUGUGAUAGAAGAGAAAAAUCUCGACUCAAAUCCGUGGGACAUUGCUGUAUUGCCCCAGAACCAGAUUGCAGUAACAGUACCAGGAAACAAAGAAAUUCUUAUAAUGAAAACAGCUGGUAAACUGUCAACUGUCCGCAAGAUUAAAGUUACAUGUGAAUGCUAUGGUAUAUUUUAUCAUCAAGAUUACCUCUAUGUUUUUUGUCAGAGCCCUAACAGUGUACUGGUACUGGAUACACAAGGUAAUGUCCAGAACACAAUCUCCCUGAAUAAUGGCAUAUUUAAUGCCCCACGAUAUAUUGUGGUAAGUGAUGACUCCAGACAUAUCUAUAUCAGUGACUUUGGUAGCGACUGUAUAGUCAGUAUAACAUUACAAGGUGAUGUAUCAGCUGUAUACAAACACGAGGAACUUAUUGCACCACAUGGAAUGGUGAUGUUAGAUGACGGAUCAUUGCUGGUGUGUAGCAACUAUAAUAACACCAUUCAUCAUAUAUCAGGAGACUUGAAGCAAGGUCAGAUAAUGAUAGAUGAUCUAUCAUUACCAUGGUCUAUAUGCUACAGUCAUCAUCAUGAUGAAGUCUAUAUUGGCUGCUUUUGUACUCAGCUGAAAGUGUAUAGUACGAAAUGAACAAUCACAACAACUAUAUCUAAGUAAAUUGAUAAAGUAAAUAACGAUAUAAAUGAUAUUUAACUGUCUAUAAACUGUAUAAAGAUAAAAUGAAACACAAUUUCAGGUUUCUAAUUACAUUUUGAUCUAUCAAAACAAAGAAAUAAUUGACAAUAAAUGUUUCAAAAUAUUUGACUUCUAUGCAAAACCAUACUGUACACAAAAUGAUUACAUAAAUGAAAAUAUAAAAGCUAUUAAUUAGUAAUAUCAUUUAAUGUUAUUAUGCAAUUUGCUUUUUUUUCAUGUAACCUCAUAUAUUUAGCUUUUACAAAUG